UGCAUUCUGCGACAGCGACCAUCACGCCGACUUCCGACCCGUCUAACUACCUACGAACGUACGCAACCCGCCGUCGCAUCUCGAAUAUCGCCGCCUAUUCCACCUCGGUGUAUUGAAAAGGAAUCGAAAGCAUCUCAAGAUAGGCUCCUUAGAUCCUUCAGAAACCCCAAUACCUAUCAUCAUGGCGUCUUCAUCCACGCCCAUCACCCCGUUGCUCUACUCGUGCAUAGCGCACAACAACACCAUCCUCAGCGAAUGCACCACAUCGGCCGUAUCGCAAACCUCUUCCCUCGCCUCCGUCAUCCUCCCCAAAAUCGAGCACAAUACCCCUCAGAAGCUGACCUACACCCACGGCUCGCACCACAUCCACUACAUCGCCGAGGCGCCCUCCGACCAUCCAGACCACCCCUCCGCCGGCGGCCUCACCUUCCUCGUCAUCGCCGACGCCUCGCUGGGCCGCCGCAUCCCCUUCGGUUUCCUCUUUGAGAUCCGCCGCCGCUUCCUCGAGCAGUUCCCCGCCGAGACAACCGACUACGCCGAGCUGCCCAACUACGGCGCCGCCAGCUACAAUGGCCAGCUCAAGAAGUUCAUGGUCGACUUCGGUACCACGAGCGGCGGCAAGGACGACGCAAUCUCCAACGUCCAGCGCGAGAUCGACGACGUCCGGGGCAUCAUGACGCGCAAUAUCGAGGGCUUGCUCGAGAGAGGCGAGCGCAUCGACUUGCUCGUCGACAAGACGGACCGUCUCGGCGGCAGCGCGCGCGAGUUCCGCGUCCGCAGCCGCGGCUUGAAGAGGAAGAUGUGGUGGAAGAACGUCAAGCUGAUGGCGCUCCUCACGCUGGUCGUGGUGCUCAUCGUACUCGCCAUCGUGAUUGCGGUGAAGAACUAAAAGCAAGCAGGACAACUGUUUUCGCCUGGUGCUGGGUUUGGAGAGUUUGGCUUCGAAUUGGCUUCGUGUAGCGGGCACGGAGCUAUGUACACAUGAACGCGACGUGUUUCGAUGGUGUAAAGUGCUGCUAGUCAAAUUGGGCAAAUGGUUUGGCUUGAAUUGGCGAAACGGGAAACGCAACUUUUUUUUUGGGAAACAAAACGACGAGACUUUUAAUUUUCGUUAUGAAGAAACCCUCGAUGGGGUUACACUCAACCACACAUCUCCUAAACUGUCACUUGUGGGUUCAGGAACCACAUCGAAAUACAAGUAAAUCGAUUAAUCCGCUUUCACUGAUCACUUGUGUAUGUCAGUGUUUACACCGCGGCACGGUAGCCCUUCUCGAGACUUAUUCGGUGUCUCUUAUACGGCAACGGCAAUGAUUGAUAAACAAGAGGGAAAUGAGCAAGACCGUUGAGAUUCUACUACCUGAACUAGGCAAUUUCAACGUGCUGGCAUGUAGCCCAUUUGAAGACGAAUAUGAAUCAAACGGCUUCGAAUAAUAAAAAAGUUUACACGUAUAUUGUACAAAGAGACGGCAUACGAGUCCUUCCAUGAUCAGACAUUUAUAUCCCAGUUAAAGUCAUACCUGAUCAUCAUGCUCUCUAAUUUAUAUAUAUUUGCCCCAAGGAACACAGAGUAGCCUAGCGACACCUAACACAUUGUAUCACUGGAGCUUUAUUGCACCAUCCCCCUUGUCUGUCCUCCUUUAAUUCCCUUUCUCUGUCUUCUGCUAGACGUUCCGUACUAUCAUUGAAUCCGCCGGUCCAGUCAUUUCAGACAAGGCAUCGAUGGACUAGUAAUCCUCCCUCUCAAUGAACAAUCAUUAAACAUUCGAAAGCCGCUGACUCUCGAAGGUUUCAGCUUUGGA